AUGUCCUCUGGUUUGCUCUUGCACCCCACCAACGGAAAGCCUUACACCCCGUUUCCAAGCCCGGACCAUCAUGUCACCAAGGCCCGCUACAUUACUAGCAAUGACCCUCGUGGAUAUAUACCUGUGUACGAAUACCCUUUGAAUGGGCAGUGGAUUAUGUUAGACAUGGACGACGGAUACAUCCUUUGGACUGGAAUCUGGAAGGCUCUAGGAAACUCAAAAGCGGACAUUGUUAAGAUUAUUGACUCGCAACCCGACCUCGCUAGCCAGCUAAGACGGGUCAGAGGGGGGUAUCUCAAGAUACAAGGGACUUGGAUGCCAUAUGAUAUUGCGCUUCGUUUGGCACGGAGGGUUGCAUGGCCCAUCCGCUACGAUCUUGUUCCGCUGUUUGGGUAUGUCCAUUGCUCACACCCCCUCGCGCAGUUUUCUGAAUGA